AUGUCCAGGAGAAAAGUUCGGGGACUCACUCGAACCGGGCGCCAGGUAAGCGAGGAUCCAGACCUCGACAACUUACUGUCAAACCUGUCGCCCGAAGAGAUGGAGGAGCUGCAGAAAGAGGUGUCGACCGUGCCAGAUCCUGACCCGAAUGAAAUGAUGGUCGUGGACUCUACAGAUUUUAAGCAAUCAGCACCUAUGCAAAGAAAGCUGUCCACUGAGGGUGAGCCAAGAAGGGAAAGUCGUAAACAGGAAUACCUGAGAAAAAUGGGUUUGAGUCAAGAGAAGAAUAUUUCCAGAACUCCCAGCAUGGAUGGAAAUCUUCAGAGACAAUCCAGCAUUACCACACCAAGUGCACCUACACCUCAUGAAAAUCACACACAGGGCAGGAACACAAGAACCACAGAAGACUGUAAAGGUGUUAGAGCAAGUCGAAUUCAAAUGGAUGAAGAGAGUGAAAAUAAACGUCCUCUGAAGGAGAAAGAACGUGAUGAGUGCAAGACCAGAGAUAGACUGGAGACCAAAGAAAGCAACAGCAAAACUAAAGAGUUAAUAGCCAAGCUUCAAGAUAAAAAGGAAUACAGUAAAGACAAGGACAAAAAAGAGGAGUGUCGAAAAAAGGAACCGGGAGAGAGCAAAACAAAAGACAUGAUUUCUAGGUUACAGGGGAAGCAAGAGAAAGAAGAAAGAAAGGAACGAGAAAUGAAGCCAAAAGGCCUUGUGUCCAAGUUAGAGGAGAAUCUAAAUCAGGUUUCAGAAAGCAAAGCAGUAGAAGGGAGAAAAGCAGAUGAGAAAGAGAAGAUCAACAAACCAGAGUUAGAUAACGAUAAGGAGAAAGGCAGUGUACAAACGGGUGUUAAAAAAGAUAAUAAUAGUGCAGAUAGAACCAGUGAAAAUGAGAGGAACAAUAAAGAUUUGAAUGAAGGAUUGCACAUUAAUUCUGUUGAAGGAAGGGACAGUUUCACCAAGGAAAGAGAAGAAACGAAGCAAAACAAGAUUCUCAAUGAAACACUCAAGUCUAGUGAGGACGUCAGUGUUGGUAAAAACGCAGAAGAAAAGAACUCAAAAAGCAAAACCAAAGAAGAAGAGGUAGAAGACGAGUCUACAUCCAUGUUUGCUGAAGAUCUACAGAGAGUAUGUAGCAAUGACCCCAAGAUGACCGAACUCAACGUCAACAACUCUGAAGUCAUCAAAAUCAAAACCCUUAUACAGUUUGCUGAGGCGCUGUGUAACAAUACGCACAUCAAGACGUUUGCUCUCGCGAACUGCCGCGCGGACGACCACGUGGCCUAUGCCAUUGCAGGCACACUACGCAAGAACAAAACAAUAACAAGCAUCAACUUGGACUCGAAUCUCCUUACCAGCAAAGGCAUAAUGGCCCUGGUUCAAGCCCUCCAGUAUAAUUCCACCUUAACUGAACUCCGCUUUCACAAUCAGCGGCACAUCUGUGGAGGCAAGACAGAGAUGGAAAUGACAAAGAUUUUAAAAGAAAACACAACCCUACUCAAACUGGGCUACCACUUCGAGCUGGCUGGUCCACGAAUGACCAUGACCAAUAUUCUGAGUCGAAACAUGGAUCGGCAAAGGCAGAAGCGAUUGCAGGAGCAAAAGCAGGCCCAAAUCCAGGGAAAUGGGGACAAGCAAGACCUCCUGGCGGUCCCAGGUUCAGGUCUUAACAAAUGUUCUCCAAGGAACUCACCAAAGCCAUCUCCUAAUCCAUCUCCUGUACCUUCUCCCAAAUUAAUCCCUAAGACCCCCAAAGGGCCUAGUGGUAUUCCACCCCCACCUCCACCACCUGGGGGGUUACCACCACCACCACCCCCCAUUCUGGAUCCUGACUUCCUUAAGAACUCUCUGACCCCUGCGUCUAAGAGAAAGCUUGAGGACAAGACUGGAGGUCGUGGUGGGAGUGUAAAUUCAAGGGACCAACUUUUGGCCUCCAUAAGAGACGCCAAUAUUAAACAGCUAAAAAAGGUUUCAGUACCCAAACUACUACAAUAACCAGGGAGAGAACAAUGAAACACAGAUGAAGUACAGAUGGGCAAGAGAAAGAAGCUAGACAUCUCACAGACCCUAAGGAGAUCAGAACUUGGAUGUUAUACACAGGACCUACUGCUUUCCAGUACUUCAAAUAACAGUCAAAGAUGUGAAUAUGGUGUACAGGAUUCUCUGACAGACUAUGGAGUGGAAUGAAAGCCUGGUACAGAUGUGGUGCUCAGAGGCGUGAUGUUACCAGCCUGUAUUGACACCUUGGUUGUUUUUGCACUAAGUUUAAUCCUGUAUGUGAUAUAUUAUUAUUAAUAUGUAUUACAGUAGGUAUGUGUCUAAGUAAGGGGAUCAUUCUACAGCAGAUGGAAAAGAAGUCCUCAUUCUGACGUGGUUCUCAUGAACAAGUUUCUAAAAGAUCAGGAAAUUACUCAGUAAUAACUGAAGAUAUUUUUAUCUACAAUAUGUUUGUUUCUUUCUUAGGAUUUUAACAUCAUGUUUUUCACUUUGGUUACAUUCAUGACAGAAACGGUAGUUACUCAUUACACAAGGUUCAUCAGUUCACAAGGUCAUAUCGAGCACAGUCAUGGACAAUUUGUAUCUCCAGUUCACCUCACCUGCACGUCUUUGGACUGUGGGAGGAAACCGGAGCACCCGGAGUAAACCCACACAGACACGGGGAGAACGUGCAAACACACAGAAAGGACCCGGACCGCCCCACCUGGGGAUCAUCCCGCUGUGAGGCGACAGUGCUACCCACUUAGCCACCGUGCCGCCCCCCUACAAAAGUAUUGCACACUAAUCCGCUAUAAGCAUUAUUGUUGCAGUAUUUUAUAUCUUCUAUUAUUUAUAAAUGACUCAGGAUUUUGUAAACCUUUGAUUAAUUUACUACCAAUGAUUAAAAAACGACUUAGCUACUAGUUGUGUAAAGUAGACCAUGUAUUGGUCACUGAUAUCAUUCUCUUUCAUAAACACAGUUUACUUCUCAAAAUUGGACAGCUGUGCAUUGAAAAAUACAGUU